GACUCCAUGAAGAAUCAAACUGCCAUAACAGAGUUUAUACUCCUGGGACUUUCGACUGAUCCACAAGUACAGAUCUUUCUCUUCUUUUUGUUUCUAAUUAUAUAUGGCAUCACAAUAUUAGGAAACAUUGUCAUCAUCUUGGUAAUCAGGGGUGAGGCUACCCUUCACACACCCAUGUUCUUUUUUCUCAAUCAUCUAGCCUUGGUUGACAUUUGCUGUUCAUCUGUCACGGUCCCAAAGAUGCUGGAAAACUUGAUAGGGAAGCAGAAAACCAUUUCUCGGAUGGGGUGCAUAGCACAGAUCUUCUUCUUUAUCCAUUUUGCUUGUGCUGAGGUCUAUCUACUUACAGCAAUGGCAUAUGACCGGUAUGUCGCUAUAUGUGACCCACUACAUUACUCAACAAUUAUGAAAAAGCAAAUGUGCAGACAGUUAGUGGGGGGAUCCUGGGUAAUGGGUGUGUUCGAUGCUCUGGUCAACACAUUGCCUUUAAUGGAUUUGAACUUUUGUGGACUAAAUAUAAUCAGUCACUACACCUGUGAACUUCCAGCAGUUUUGAGCUCAUCUUGCAGUGAAAAAUUCACCAAUUACGUGUUGCUACUUGCUGCUAGUUCUAUAUUUGGUUUAGCCCCUUUCCUUCUCACCCUUCUCUCUUAUAUUUAUAUCAUUGUAGCCAUCCUGAAGAUUCAGUCAGCAAAAGGCAGGAGUAAAGCAUUCUCCACUUGUAGCUCACACGUCAUUGUGGUUUGUUUGUUUUAUCUUUCAGCUUUUUUCCGAUACAUGAAGGCAAGUUCUAAAUCUCUUACAGACCUGGACAGAGUAGUCUCUAUCCAGUACCUUAUUUUAACUCCCAUGUUAAAUCCUCUUAUUUAUAGCCUAAAAAACAAAGAAAUCAAAACUAUUAUAUGGAAAAGGGUUGGAAGAUGUAGGUAA